AUGGAAAGAUGGAUAACAAUCCUGAUUGUUGCUAUAUUUAUGAGUAAAAGCUCAACAACAGCUAAUAGGAUUAUCAAUGUUGAUUAUGAACAUAACAUGAAGAGAGAAAAGUUAAUCAAUUUUGAAUGUUGGCAUGGAGAAAAUUUCAAUAUUAAAUUGAUGAGACUAUUGAAAGCAUUAAUAUUGAAGUCACGAAACAUUCUACUCACUAAUCACGAAUCGAUGCUACGUAAUUUCAUGGCUAAUAUAACUUUUAAUAGCUUUAGUUAG